AUGGCGCAAAUCUUCCAAAAAGAUCCGCGCAACGCGGGUCUUUUCAUCGGCGGACAGCGCCUCUCUGGCUCCGAUAUUCGUGAUCAGAAUGUGCUGGCCGUUCAGUCAAUUGCGAAUGUUGUCAAGUCGUCGCUGGGUCCCGUGGGCCUGGACAAGAUGUUGGUGGACGAUAUUGGUGACGUGUUGAUAUCGAACGACGGCGCAACUAUUCUGCAGCUACUAGAAGUGGAUCAUCCUGCUGGUCGAAUUCUUGUUGAACUUGCGCAGCAGCAGGACAAGGAGGUGGGCGACGGCACGACGUCGGUCGUGAUCCUCGCCGCUGAAUUGCUUCGUCGCGCGAAUGAACUCGUGAAAAACAAGAUUCACCCAACGACUAUUAUUACUGGAUACCGCCUUGCUUGUCGUGAGGCCAUCAAGUACAUUCAGGAUGUACUGGCUGUCAAGAUCGAUGCGCGCGCGCAGGAGUGCCUGAUCAACGUUGCCAAAACGAGUAUGGCGAGCAAGAUCAUUGGCGCAGAUGAUGACUUUUUUGCACAGAUGGCAGUAGAUGCUAUGUUGUCAGUCAAGACGGUAAACGGUCGCGGCGAGACCAAGUACCCUGUCAAGGCCGUGAAUGUGCUCAAGGCACAUGGCAAGUCCGCGCGCGAGUCGAUGUUUGUGAAUGGCUAUGCGCUCAAUUGCACAGUGGCAUCGCAGGCGAUGAAAACGCGCAUCACAGGUGCUAAAAUUGCAUGCAUUGAUGUCAACCUUGUGAAGCAGCGGAUGCAUAUGGGCGUGCACAUCACGAUUGAUGACCCUGAUCAGCUUGAAAGCAUUCGGGCGCGUGAGAGCGAAAUGGUGCUGGAGCGGGUGCGCAAGAUUCUCGCGACGGGUGCGAAUGUCAUCCUGACGACCAAGGGCAUCGAUGAUCUGUGCCUGAAAGAGUUUGUGCAGGCUGGUGCGAUGGCUGUGCGUCGCUGCAAGAAGGAAGACUUGCGCCGCAUCGCCAAGGCGACGGGGGGUCAGUUUGUGAGCAGUCUUGCGAACCUUGAUGGCGAAGAAUCCUUCGAUGCGAGUGCUCUUGGACAUGCCGACGAGGUGUCGCAGGAGCGCGUCGGCGACAAUGAGCUCAUUCUUGUGCGGGGCUCCAAAGUGCACAGUUCAAGUUCGAUUGUAUUGCGUGGUGCAAACGAGUACAUGCUCGACGAGAUGGAGCGUGCUUUGCACGACAGUUUGUCCGUCGUGAAGCGCACGCUGGAGAGUGGCUCCGUCGUGCCGGGCGGCGGCGCCGUAGAGACGGCCCUCGACAUCUAUCUCGAAAAUUUUGCGACGACACUCGGGUCGCGUGAACAGCUGGCCAUUGCUGAGUUUGCGCAGGCACUACUUGUCAUUCCCAAGACGUUGGCUGUGAAUGCGGCUAAGGACAGCACGGACCUCGUUGCGACGCUGCGCGCGUACCAUACGGCUGCGCAAAAUGCCGGUGCAACGGACCCAAAAAAGACGCUGCGUUUCUUUGGUCUGGACCUUCUCAAUGGCACGGUGCGCGACAAUUUGCGCGCGGGUGUGUUUGAGCCGACCAUGAGCAAGUUGCGUAGCCUCAAGAGUGCCGUCGAGGCAGCUACGAGUUUGUUGCGUAUCGAUGAUGCCAUCACCAUCCCACCUGAGCCGCCGAGAGAAGAUCCUCAUGAUCAUAUGUAG